AGUGGAGAAUGACGUGACCCAGAUGUCUCCUACUGUAAGACUAAAAACAGAUAUGGAAUCAGCAUCUUGUAUUUUAGAGGACCUUAUUUCAGACAUGGUGGUGGACCAGACAACUGAAAAUAACUCUGAAGUAUGCCUGCUAAUCUCCAGCUUCCCUCACACACCAAUCCUGAUGCCAUCUAAGACUGAGGAAGGAACAGAAUCAGUUGACUCAGAGGUGAAACAAAUGACGUACACAUGUGACGUGUCUAAUGAGUUGUGGGUUGAUGCUUUGGAUGAGUGGGGAGAUCCUUCCACCUCCUGUCUCUCCCUGGCAUCUUCAGAUAGCACCAGAACCUCAAAAAUGGGGGCUCAGACUGGUGCCUUGGAACUGCCCACUAUAGAGAGAUGGUCAUCUACAGACAGCUGGGCCAGUGCUUUAUCAGACUGGAUCCAGUUAACAAGUGUCCUUCCAGAAGAUUCUCCCACUAUGAGAAGUUCUGAGUCUCAGCAUCAGUUCUCCAAGACCAUCAAGGACAUGACUGAGGAGAAGACUACAACCCUGGAAAGCUCCCUAAAAUCAGGAGAUGCCAAUUCUGAGGGCCAAAUGAUGAUAAAAAACUCGAAUGAUCUUUCAGCAGACCAGCCUUUUGUACACAGUGGGAGCGUGGAGAGAGAAAAAAAGCUUUACAUUUUACAUUUAGAUAUAAACAGGACUCAGGAUUUAUCAGAAGAUAUGGAAGGAGAGACAUGGUCAGGUUUACAGGAAGGAGCAGAAGACCCUCAGAAAGACUGUACAGAAGGAAAACUGAAGAACAAGAGUCCCUGUGUGCUGAAGCAGGACAGUGAUGUGCUCAGGGAAGUAAGAGACGAGGCAGCCUUCGAGAAGGAAAGUGAAAAGAAUCAUGGGGCCUUAAGCUUCUCGUGUUACUCUAUCAAGUCUGAGGUCCAUUCGUUAGAAAGCUACGAAGCAGCACAGUUCGGGGACCUCAAAGGCGGAGGAUCAUGUGUGUUGGCAGGAGUGGAUUUUAUUAUGCCACUUACUCCUAUCACUAUUGGAACAUCUUUCCUUGCUUUGAAAGAGGAUCCCGGUGAAUCAAGGACAUCCAUAAAAUCUUCCCGCGCAGGGAUCAGUGACGAAAUUAGAUUGGAUGUGACACAGAGAACCAGCGGAAAAUGUACAAGUGAGUCAUCGGACAAACAGGUUUGUGACUUGAAGGAUCAGGGUUCUUCUUCAUCGUCUUGUGAGGACGCAAAGUACGGAACGGAGGACAGUGACGUCAGCUCCGAACUUCAGAAGGUGAUCUUACCCGGGGAACGGUUAAUGAUCUGCGAAGAAAAGCAUGUAGCAUAUGUGACUUUAGACGUGGAUGACAUUCUGAGCUUUAAGAACCUCCCUGAGAAUGAGUCGGCUUUAAAACCGGUCAGCUGUGAAGGUUGUGAAAGAGUGGGAAAGAUGCCUCAUAAAACCAAAACGUCAUUUGAAAACAAUAUGCGGUCCAACAAACACAAGGACAAAUCCGGCAGCAACCAGCAGAUUGGCGCUCAAACCAAGAGACGAGAGAACAUGAGAAUAGAAUCAAACGUCCAAGAGUCUGGAGGUGGUGAAGAAGGUAAAGUGACCAUGAUCGAGACUGUCGUUAUUACAGAGAAGGUCCCAUCCAGAGCUCAGGGCAAAAAGAAAAAAAAGCAUGGAGUACGAAAGGUCGAGAACGAACCACGACUCGAAGCGGACAACAGAGCGAUGCCAAAAAACGCAAAGUCUAAAACUGAGACACCGACGACGCAAACGAGCAGGGUGCGAGAGAAACUCGCAAAAUACGAGGGAAAGGAGACGAGCGGAAACGAAAGCGUGAGCGAAGAAAAAACAAAACUCAGUGCAGAAACACCGAGCAAGUGUUUGUCUGAUGCAGCAGACGAUGACAUCAUCAAACGCAGACGCAUUACUGGGGACAAACCCGGAUCCGUCUCGAUCAGGACGAGGCCGCAGCUUCCUGCCAUCUUCCAGCAGAAGAAAAAGGAAGAUGUGGUGCAAGUCAAAGUUCAGGCACCUAAAGAAGUCUCACGUGUUCUUUCUGAGAUUGAAGCAGCUCCGGUGGUUGAUGAUCCUCAGAGCAUUACUCUGUGGUGCCGCUUCAGCUCCAUCAAAGAUGAUUCCUCCAUCAUGUGGGUGAAAGAGGGAGCGACGCUGCACGAGGAAAAGAGGAAAGUGGGAGAUGAUGCCCGAGUGUCUCUGUCGCUGCUGAAAGCCUGCAGUAAGGAUUUGGGUUUUUAUCACUGUACUCUGAUCAGCCCUCUGGGUUCAGUUUCCACCUCAGACUAUCAUCUCACAUCAGAAGUGCUCAUGGAGCUUGUCAUCCCGAACCAUGACACACCAGAUGAGCAUAAAGUGAUAGAUGGCGAGGAGGAGGACGUGUCCUGCGCUCCUCUCCUCUUUAAAGACAACAUCCUGACUGAUCAGUAUUUUGGAGAGAAGCAGCACUCCAGCAUCUUGACAGAGAAAGCUCACUUCGGUGAGGGAAUGCAUCGGAAGGCAUUCAGGACCAUGAUGCGCACCGGCAUGACGCCGUUGUUCGACCCGGGACACGCCUGCGUCCUCAAAGUGCACAGCUCCAUCGACUACGGCACCCAGAACGACGAGGAGGUCAUCCAGAAAAACUACAACCUCGCCGUGGAGGAGUGUUACGUCCAGAACACGGCCAGAGAAUACAUCAAGGCCUACACAGAUGUGGCCAGGUCUGCAGAAUCCUUUGGAGAAGUUCCUGAAAUCAUCCCUAUUUUUCUGGUGCACCGGCCCUCGAAUGCCGUUCCGUACGCCACGCUGGAGGAGGAACUGAUCGGAGAUUUUGUAAAAUACUCUGUUAAGGACGGGAAAGAGAUCAACCUGAUGAAAAGAGACUCGGAGGCCGGACAGAAAUGCUGUGCUUUUCAGCACUGGGUUUACACGCAGACUGAUGGGAACUUGCUGGUUACUGAUAUGCAGGGUGUAGGUAUGAAGCUGACAGAUGUUGGAAUUGCCACCUGCAAAAAAGGUUAUAAGGGUUUUAAAGGAAACUGUUCCACGUCGUUCAUCGACCAGUUUGAAGCUCUUCAUCAGUGUAAUCGUUUCUGCGAGCUGCUCGGCCUCACGUCCCUGCAGUCCAAACCCAAACAAGCAGCUUUACCCAAAGCCAAAGCGCAACCUGCUGGCAGGAAAAAGCCUUUCGGACCUGCUCUCAAGAGCAAAUGCUGAAAGGACUCCAGACUUUAGAGCAGAUUUCUGUGCAGAAAUGCUGUAAGGUCACAUCAAUGUGUUGAACUGGAUUCAAAGACAUUUAUGACUCGUGAAUAUUCGUACCUGUUUUCUUUUGUAUUAUGUUUUCACAUGUAGCCUUGCCAUAUGCUAAUGAACUGCUGCUGUGCAAAAUACUGAUAUCCAGAUGUGUCAUGCUGAUGAUAUGCAGAUGUUAUUCUGCUGCAUCAUAUGCAGAUGUUAUACUGCUGCAUUGUAUGCUGAUGCUAUACAUAUGUGCUAUAUGCAUAUGUUCUUCUGCUGCAUUAUAUGGUUAUGGUAUACAGAUGUGCCAUAUGCAGAUGUUCUUCUGCAGCAUUAUAUGCUGAUGAUAUACAGAUGUGCUAUAUGCAGUUGUUAUUCUGCACUUUUAUUUGCUGAUGAUAUACAGAUGUGCCAUAUGCAGAUGUUCUUUUGCUGCAUUAUAUGCUGAUGAUAUACAGAUGUGAUAUAUGCAGAUGUACUUUGGCUGCAUUAUAUUCUGAUGAUAUAGAGAGGUCACAUAUGCAGAUGUAAAUUCUGCAGCACUAAAUGCUGAUGAUAUACAGAUGUGCUAUAUGCAGAUGUUAUUCUGCAGUACUAUAUUUUGACAAUAUACAGAUGUGCUAUAUGCAGAUGUUAUUCUGUUGCAUUAUAUGCUGAUAUAUACAGAUGUGCUAUAUGCAGAUGUUGUACUGCUGCGUUAAAUUCUGAUGAAGUACAUAUGUUCUAUAUGCUGAUGAUGUACAGAUGUGCUAUAUGUUACAAAAGCGCAAUACAGGACGAUGAAGCAUCAGUCGAUGAAACGAAGUGAACUCCUCUGUUUUCAUGAUGAUCCAAACACACGUGUGAAUUUGGUGAAAAUUUUAAAACGCUGAUUUUUUUGUGCCAAAGAACAAUAAGGGUUUAGUGUUUGUAAUGUUUUGGUUUAAAGAUUUCAUCAAUCUCAGAUUUUCACCAAAUUCACACCAUGCGCUUGGAUUCUUAUGACACGGGCGAAUUUAUUUUAUUUGAACACCUUCUUGAGUGACAAAAUGUAGUGCAAUACAAUGUUUUUAUACAUUAUAAUCAGCACAUGGCACAGCUGUAUAUCCCAAACGUGGGACGCAGAUGACAUGGAACCACUUUGAAUCUCUGAAUUUUGCUGUAGUUCAUAUUUAUAAUCUUUUUGUUAUAAAUCGUUUAUUUUCAUUGGUUAAUGUAAAGCUGUACAUAUUUUUCUAAACUUAUCUUGUUGAACUGCUGAGUAACUUUUGUACAGACUUUCUGUUUGCAAGAGAAAAAAGUGUCACAAUGGUGAACGGUGAUAAAAACAUCUCCUGCUGAGCGAUGAAGUCAGCUGUCCUCCUGCCUCAGAAGGAACGUGAACCUCGGCCAGGUUUCCAGACAUCCCGAAACGUUAUACACACACACACACACACACACACACCUGCCACGCGCAGCGGGUCAAGGAGAUCCACGUGCCAUCGGAAAACCAGCGGUUCUUUAAAAUUUCCAUGAUCUCCGGUCAGAACUGGUCCAGGAGGAAACACGUGCGCGAACUGAACUAAACUUAUUAAUUAAAACUUGGGAAUUCUGUUGCUUUUUAAAGGUUUAAUUUCAACUAAAUGAAAUGUUAUAGUUCAAAACUUUUCAUCUGAGCAAUGCAAGAACAAAAGAUUAAUAAAUAAAUGAUACAAAACCAAAAA